AUGGACAUGGAUAUUAAAAACGCUCUCCUCCGGCUCACCGAUAUCCUGGCCAACCAGCAGCAGCAGAUUGCAGUUCUCCUACAGAACAACGCAGUUCCCCAGGCUGGAAGCGAGAAAAUAAUCGAGUCGCUGGCAACGGGAAUUCAAGAAUUCCGGUUCGACCCAGACGGCGGAAUUUUCUUCGACUCCUGGUUCGCUCGGUACGAAGACGUCUUCAGGCAAGAUGGGCAACAUUUGGACGACGCUGCCAAGGUCAGGCUGCUCCUCCGGAAAGUCGAUACGCAGUUUCACGAACGGUAUCUGGACAGCAUUUUGCCGAGUCACCCCCGAGACUUUGACUUUGAAACAACAGUGACAAAGCUCAAGCGUCUCUUCGGUCGACAAAAAUCGCUGUUCAACGCACGGUACCAGUGCCUGCAGUACAGGAAGGACGACGCAGACGAUUUCACCGCAUACGCAGCUUCCAUCAACAAAAACUGCGAGGCGUUUCAACUCAACCGGCUUACUAGUGACCAGUUCAAAGCUCUGCGUUUCGUAUGUGGCUUACAAUCGCCACGGGACGCUGACAUACGAGCUCGGCUCAUUAGUAAGCUUAAAGCCGAAGAAAGCGCCCCACCUGCCGAAGGUUGUCAGCUUACCCUGGACAAGCUGGUAGACGAGUGCCACAAGCUCAUCAACCUGAAACAAGACACACAAAUGGUUGAGAAGAAGGACCCCUCAAUCAACGCUGUGUCCCUCCAUCCCAAACCUCCCGGGAAGAAGACGAUUCCGAAGACGCCCUGCUGGCUCUGCGGGGACUUCCAUUUCGUCCGUGAGUGCCCGUUCCAGAAUUCCACCUGCGGAAAAUGCAAACGCAGGGGUCACAAGGAAGGUUACUGUUCUUCAGCCGAAUCAAAGCGGAAACCAAAUGACAAGCGUCACCCGAGCAACCGAAAGAUGAAGAGCAUCAGUUUGGUGAAACAUGUUGACAUCUCCAAAAAGCGCAAAUUUGCUGAGGUAAAUUUGAACGGUGUCAAUGUAGAGCUCCAACUCGACUGUGCGGCCGACAUCACCAUAAUUUCGACGGAAACCUGGGCUUGCAUCGGGAAACCAACAAUCAACAAGACGAACAUCGUUGCGACCAGUGCAUCCGGAAAUAUGCUCGACGUUUUGGUAACGCAAAAGUACAUCACCGGCAAUCAGGAACCACUGCUCGUCAUGCGAAUUGAGAGCAGAACCACGCUGGCACCAUUAACAGCAUCGGGAUUGUCACCGUCACCAUCAGCAAUAAUGACAUCGCACCUGUCACAUCGCAUGAACAGCAUCGUACUAUCAGCUUCGCACUAUCAGCAUCAGCCAUGA